GGCGUGGAGGUAUGCUCUCAUCUUUGUUUUUGCUAACCACGAUAUACAUGUGACUGAAUCGCUGACACAGAUCUAACUGACAUCACCAAUUUCUGACAAUAAGUUUAGGACAGGGCAUUGUCGCUGCAGAGUGCAGUGAUAUGGUUUGCUUAGAAUUCAUGAAGUGGUCGCAAAGUAUUCACAUCAUGGACACUGAAUUGGAUCUUUGACUCACUUACAUCUUCAAAAUGGCCGUUAUUAGAUGUGGCAGACGGCAGUUUGAUCUGAACCUCAUAACAGUUGAACCAGUUUUGUUUCUAUACAUGAUCGGAUCCUUUCUGACAUACCCAACCUUCCAGGCCUUUGUGUUUGACAAGAUCUGCAUUGACAGCUACAACAAGACUUUCUGCACCAGUCUGCAGAACAAGACAUUCCAGGAGGACCACAAAACAGAAGAGGAUUAUGUCCAGUCACAAACGUCCUACUGGAUUUUGAAGAAAAAUGUUGUGGAACUUGUUCCGUCAUGUUUGCUUGUUCUGUUUCUUCUUGGAUCCUGGGGUGACAAAGUGGGUCGGAAACUACCAGUGAUUUUACCCAGUUUGGGAGCAACAUUGUCUUCCAUUGUUAACUUACUCCUGUCCAUUUACCCUUCAAGUAAAGUGGAGUAUGUCUUGAUUGGUGCUGUAGUAAAUGGUUUGUCCGGGGGAUUCCCUGCCCUGCUGAUGUCCGUGUACAGCUACGUGACGCACAUUGCUGAUCCAGCCAAUAAAACGAUGCGAAUAGGGAUCCUGGAGUCCAUGACAUUCUUUGCUGCAACAGUUGGGGUGUUCGUAUCAGGAGUCAUGCUUGACAAUACAAGCUUCGUCUUCGUCUUCGCGUUCAUAAGUGGAAGCUCCUUCUUAGGAAUGUUAUACGCUAUCAUACGUCUAGAGAACAUCACAGCCAACACGACAAGACCCGAGGGUGAGGGUAUCUGCACGUACUGGUGUCUGUCCUCCAUCAAGGAGUCUGGUCGUUGUGUGAUGAAGACGAGGCAAGGGAAGAGAAAUGUCUACAUCUUCUUAGUGCUCAUCAUCUUCAUCAUCCUUGUUAUCGGAACAUCAUGUGAAAUUGACGUCCUUCUCCUGUACACAAGGCGAGCACCUCUCAGCUGGUCACAGACAAGGUUUGGUUACUAUAAGGGUCUGGAGAACUUCACUCGCAGUCUAACCCUCGUCACAGUUCUGCCUCUGUGCAGGAAGUUGAGAGACACCACUUUAGGACUAUGGGGCCUGGCGUCCAAGAUCAUCGGCCUGGUGGUCAUCGGAUUCAGUACACAGACAUGGCUGACAUUUCUAGUGGUAAUAUUUGCCAUGUUUCAAGGCUUUCCAGCAGCUGUUGUUCGGUCACUGAUGUCCAGUAUGGUCAGCAAAGGAGAACAGGGAAGACUGUUUGGGCUGGUUGCUGCAGUGGAGAGCGUUGCAAGCUUGCUGGCAUCCCUCCUCUUCAAUCAGCUCUACCCAGCAUCCCUUGCUUUCUUCCCAGGAUUCAGCUUCCUGCUGGCGGCUGGUCUGUGUGUUAUUGCUGCCGCUAUCAUGCUAUGGCUUCAUCUUGAUCAACGAAGCUUAGUUGACUACAAUAUUCUGCAAGAUGAUCAGACAGACACAGACAGUGUAAACAGACAGAGUAACAGUUGUGUCACUGUCGUUUCAGAGGACUUGGGGGAGGACGGAGUGAAGACAAGCCAAGUGACGGGAGGGCCCGAUCAGAUCUAGGUCAACGUGAUGCUGUGCUAUGUGAGAAGCACCUGACAUUCCAUACACUUCCAGGAAUGUGCCCCUAGUACCACUAGUCACAGAAGAGAAUACCUAACUUACAGAAGAGAGUAUCUAACUUACAGAAGAGAGUACCUGACUUACAGAAGAGAAUACCUAACUUACAGAAGAGGGUACCUGACUUACAGAAGAGAAUACCUGACUUACAGAAGAGAGUACCUGACUUACAGAAGA